AUGUCGAUAAACUUAGUACAUGUUCCCAUCCGAAAGACCUCUGGUGCUUCGGCUCUCUCUGGACAGCAGGGCCAGCUACCGCAACAGUCGCAACAACAACAGCCACAGGCUCCACCGCCUCCUCCACCUCCUCAGCCACCUCCCUCCCAACAACAGCCUGCCGAUACCGUCCAAACUACGAGUGGCGGACCAAACCAGACCCCCGGUGACCCAACCUCUGCAGCCCCACCUGGCUUACCAGCCAGCAAUCACACUGGCCUCACAACCAAUAACAACCAUCAGGUUAACUGA